UGAUAUUGAAGACAUAAUAGGUCAUGGCUUCAGAAAACAUCAAGCCAGGGCUUCAAGGCAAGAAGGUUAUUGGUCGUGGAGAUGUGAAGAAGAUGGCUCCCAUGCAGAGGGCAAGACACAUGGCUUAUGAACAGCCCAGCAAAGCGAUGGCCGUCUCCUUGCUCAUGACUCAAAACCGACUGAGGGAGCAUGCUCUGAAGUCCAUCCCAAAACCCCAACAUCGGGUCCUAGACCCAGAACAAGAGAAACAGGAGAAGGUGGUGGGUCAGCUAAAAGCCGCAGAAGCUCAAAACCGUAUACGCUUGAUGAGACUUCGCUUUCAGAACAUAAGGGCCCAGGACUUAAAAUACCUGAUCUCCUGCCAACCGACUGCCCGUGAAGCCAUCAGACUGGAAGUGUUCCUGCCACCUAGAACCCAUGCAGACAAGUCCUGUGACUCUUUACGACGGCAACAGAGAGAACGAGUAGAAAGCCUCCUGGAGGACGAUCGAGGACUGAUGACUAACCGCAUUCCCUGAGUGACCAGACCAGAGCUGGCCUAAUUAUACAGAACACAAACCGUGGUAUCCGGACACAUUCCACUGUAGUCUGUAACUCAAGUGUGCAUCUGAACCAUCCUUAUUAAAGACCGCAUUUACUGCCCAUCUCAGUGCAGCUCAUCAUUUCGUGAGCAGAUAAAGAAACCCGUUUAUAGCAACAAAGUGUUUCUACAGUACAUAGCUAUACUGUUACCUAUGUGAACGUGUAACACUGGGCUUCAGCGCCACCUACUGCUUCAGUUUGUAACGACAAUCUGUUUCUUAGCUCCCUCCUUCGAUGACUGGACUUUGUUUCUUCCAGACUUGUGGUUCGAAAAAGACAUUGGGGGUCAUUUAUGAUGUGACGUACGACACUUUUUGGCGUACUUUUGUUGCAGAUUCGGUCGCAAAGGGGAUUUGCAGCCGAAUCUGCGACUUUUCCCCACUCACGUCACUUUUCCGAGGUGGUGGGAAAAGGGGGCGUGGUGUGCGUGCGGGGGGAGAAGGGGCCGGCCCGUCUCCUUUAUGAUUUUCUAUGCCAGCAAGGGAGCUGGCGUAGGUUUAAGCUUGUUGUACGCCACCAGAACAUACAGCUAAGUUAUGUAGAGGCCUGCACCUCUACAUAACUUAGGCGCAUCCAGCGCAGGGGUAUUAAGACCGGCAUAUAAAUUGCUGGUCUUAAUAAAUGACCCCAAUUGUUCACAAAGAACUUGCAGAGCCUCAGGGCCGAAAUGAAUCACAAUCAGUAUCAGGUAGAAUAAUAGCACCAGGGCAAUACGUACAGCGGAUAUGUCUUCUGCAUAGUUGUAUAUUAGAUCUGACAUUGGAAGAUUGUGACCAACAAAUAAAAACACCCAAAAACUGGCAUUUCAGCCUACUAUGGUAGUGCUAUCCACCACAUAAUAUACCCGUCCUAUUAUGGCAAAAAAAUCCAAAUCCAAAUAACAAAUAACAAAAAUUUCCUAUUCUUGUUCUAAAUUAAGCAUCGAAAUAGACCCAUAGCAAAAUGAACCCCUUCGAGACCCUGAGUUUUCAUUUUUUACUCCCUGGCUUCCUGGAGACAUAACUUUUUUGUUUUCCUGUAGAUGUAUGAGAGCUUGUUU